GGGAUCAUUUUGGCUACUUCUGCUCUUUUCUUUUGUUUGGUCACGAUUGGAAUCCUUUGGAUCUUUAUUAAGCAUGAGGACACUCCCAUAGUCAAAGCCAACAACCGGAAUCUCACCUAUGCUCUCCUUAUUGCUCUCCUCUUGUCUUUUCUUUGUUCAUUAUUAUUCCUUGGAAAACCUGACAAAGUGACAUGUCUUCUUCGUCAAACUGCCUUUGGGAUCAUCUUCUCUGUGGCCAUUUCUUGUGUCUUGGCUAAAACCAUCAUUGUAGUUCUGGCUUUCAUGGCCACUAAGCCUGGGUCUCAGAUGACCAGAUGGGUGGGAAAAAGAUUGGCCAUGUCCAUCGUGUUGGGCUGCAGCUUAAUUGAAGUAAUUAUUUGCACUAUAUGGGUGAUAACCUCUCCCCCAUUCCCAGAUGCUGACACAAAUUCAGGGGCAAAAGAAAUCUUUCUGCAAUGCAAUGAAGGUUCAGUCUCUAUGUUCUACUGUGUCUUGGGCUACAUGGGCUUCCUUGCCAUUAUUAGCUUUACAGUGGCUUUCCUAGCAAGAAAAUUACCUGAUGUUUUCAAUGAAGCCAAGUUUAUCACCUUCAGCAUGUUGGUCUUCUGCAGUGUGUGGUUGUCCUUUGUUCCAACAUACCUGAGCACCAAGGGAAAAUAUAUGGUUGCUGUGGAGAUCUUCUCCAUUAUUGCUUCUAGUGUUGGGCUACUGAUUUGUAUUUUUUUCCCUAAAUGCUACAUCAUUGUUUUUAGGCCUUCUCUAAAUAGCAAACAACAGCUAAGAAGACAAACCCAGAACAAUGCAUAAAAUUAUACAUAUCACGAUUUCAGAUUGUCUGUAGGAAAAGAGAAUCAUUUAAUCUUCUACUUCAAUAUCACCUAGAAUGACACCCUUUCAAAUCGUCAGGUUUAAUUUUCAGUUGACAAGUAAAGUAUUUCCAUUAACAUACCAUUUACUACAUUUGUGUUGAUGCAUUAAAUGUAUUGUGCAAUAUUGUCCAAGAUUUUCCUUCUGGUUCCCUACAAGGUCUAUAUAAAGCAAAAACAGAGACUAUCACCUGGAUAGUUAAAUUGGACAUUCAGUUAUAAGGCCACUGCCAUACCCCAUAGAGGUUUUAUAUAUAAUUAAGUGGACUAUGAAUAUGUGUUUACUUCUUUUCUGUCAUGUUCUCAUCAUACACUAAAUAAUAAUAAUAAUUUGUG